AAGAUUAGGAGAAGUGACUACUUUCAAUGAAACCCUUUCCAUAAAAGAAAAUACAAAAGAAGAUGUGAAAAAAGAAUUUAUAAGAGAUUCCGUUUUCAUCAAAGUUAGUCCAGAAGAUAUCUUUAAAUCUUCCUUUCUUAAAAUACCUGGAUACGUAUCAAUCGAUAUUUGUGUAUACUUUAAGAGACUUUAUCCUCGCUUAGAAGUAGAAAAGAAAAGUUCGCUUAAGUUUUACUUAAAAUUAUGUAGGCUUGAUAGUAAGGCUGAUAUGCAUUUUAAUAGAUUAUAG